UUAUCAGCAUCCCCAUUCAUUCCGAACAAGCUGGCUUUUUUGCUCUCCUCUCCCCACUGGUCCCCAUAUUCUCCUCCUUGUAUUUCUGGAAAUCCGAACCUCCCUUCCCAGCACGGCCCUUUUGGUCAUGUGCUGCUCUUUUCUGGGUUACUUAAAGACAGCUGGGGGCUCCUGGACAACCGAUUCUCCCUUAAGACAGCUGGGCACUUUCUGUCCUUUUUUUGGUCCUUUCCUCACUGACUUCUUGUGAGACUGCAUCAUGGAGUGUGGAGUGGUGGCUACUCAUCUGAAAGUUUGCCCUGGAGAGACUGUUCAAGUGGAAGGCAAGAUCUUGCCAGGUUGCAAAGGUUUUGAGGUGAAUCUGGGCAAGAACUGUGAGAACCUGGUGCUUCACUUCAACGCUAGGUUUGAUUGCAAAGGAGACACAAACACCAUUGUGUGCAACUCCAGGAGAGACGGAGUGUGGGAAGAGGAGGAACGAGAAUCCCAUUUUCCUUUUGAACAAGAUGGCAACUUCAAGGCUUCCUUCGCUUUCGAUACCAGUGAGAUAAAAGUGAAACUGGAGGACGGCCAUGAGAUUCCCUUCCCAAACCGGCUGGGUCUUGAUGUCCUCGAAUACGUUGCAGUGGAGGGGGACUUCAAAAUCCAAGUCCUCAGAUUUGCGUGAUGAAGACACCUAUUCCCACAGUCUUCCUAGGUGGCAUAAUAAAGUCAUUCAGUGCUUUGGGCACAGGCAUAAGUUUGCAAAAUUAAAUGCUGUAUUCUUCUCAUGUUAUUGUUUGCCUGUGGCUCUCUCAACUGAGAGCUCUUGCUUGCUUGCAUCGGCUACAAUGGGCCGUUUGGAGAACUGGUUCAUUUGUCAUAAAAUAAAGAGCUUGGUUUGCCACGUUGCCAUGAAAAUGUA